AGAGAGAGAGAAAGAGAGAGAGAGAGAGAGAGGGCAUGAAGUUAUGAAAUGUGGGUCAUUUUUUUCUGUAUCUGUCAACAUUAACACACACACACACCGUUAUCUUCAUAACCUUUUUGCAGUGUGAGUGAGAAAGAGAGAAUGUGUGUCUCAGUGUGUGUGUGUGUGUGUGUGUGUGUGUGUGUGUGUGUGUUUGUGUUGGAGCACUGAAGAAGGUUGAGCAUGCUUUAUUUUGAGCACAGAGAGAGAGAGAGAGAGAUUAAUGGAGGGAGUGAAGAGUUGACUAGAUGCACUGUUUUCAUGAUUACAGCUGCAGGAGUCCUUUGUGCAACUGUUACUAUGGUUACUGCUCCUAAUAGCACCGCUAGUAUUUCAACUACUACAAGUACUUCUGAUACUGCAAGUACUGAUGAUGCUGGUUCAUCCAAGUUUUGGGUCAGAGACGUGUGCAGUCUUGAGUCUGGCACGUGUGUGUGUGUGUAAGUCUUUAAUGACUGUCGGCCUGUCGGGGCAGGCUGAAGCAUCGCAUUGAGCCUCCAUAACACAGCUGUCCUUCUCCUGCAGAUUCAGACGUGGCUGUGGAGCUUUCCUUAAUGAAAUCCUGCAAGCUGCACUUCCUCAAGCAAACAAAAACAAAAAGAGCACACAUAAAAUUUGCUAGAAUGUUUAUCGACUCAUGAUGUUUCAGUUUUAGCUACAAAACAAAUUAGCAGUUAAUGUUUAAAUGUUUCACCCAUGAUCUUAUUGUCCCUCUUUUUAAGAUUGUUUGCUUUCAUCUGUGGCCUCAUUCUGUAUCAUUAUAAGCUACAUUUGCAUAUUAGAGCUCAAUUUUGUUUGUAUUUGUACUCAUGAUGCAUCUUGAAGCAAGUCUUGCAGUAUUUAGUAUUCGUAUUAGAUCGUAUUUACAUGUUUUGCAAGCUCAAUAUAUUAAUCAUACCUGUGUGAAGUGGUUAAAAAAUAGUAAGAGUUAGAAGCACAAAAUAUAACAACUGAAUGCGCCAGGACAAGAUCGCAUCAGUUAUUUUUGUCCCAUCAUCCGUCAGAGUAAACACUUUCACCCUCGGGAGAAAUUCCCCUGUCAAGUACCUGACAUUCACUUCAAAAACACAACUGAGCUGCCAGGACACAGACGAUGGAUGACGUAGGAAAAAAGCUAGGGGAGAGGAACUGAAGAUUGAUGGGACCCUUCUCACUUUCUCUUCUUCUCUUUUUUUUGUUGGCCAGGUGAAUCCCUGAGUCAAUCAAGCGUUUGAUCAGGGAGACCUCCAGGCAGAAAACGAAUGAAUAUUAUCAUUGCUUUUAUAUGAAGCACGGAUACCUUUAAAAAUUGGUUAAAAACUCUUGUUUUUGUUUAAGAACUGAUUUCAUAAUUAAACAAUAAACAUUUUUAACUUUCUUUCUGUCUGUGGUCCUCACCUCCCUGUGACUCAUACACCUCAAAGGAACACCUCACAGUUUUACCAACAAAAUACCAUCAGCCUCCCAAACUGACUGAAAACAGAGACAUUCAUUAUUCUGCUUUUCUUUGUGAAUAUUUCUUCAUUAUGUUUAUGUUUUGUUUUGUCACUUUGGACACAUCUCCACCUCCACCAGCUGGAACCUGGGAUGGAUCCAACCUCUGAAUGUACCAGCACAAAUCAAGGCCUUUCAGACCAGGGGACAUCUUCCAGUCUUCUCUUGUUCAAGUUCGGUGAAUCCACAUGAACCAUAGCCUCAGUUUUCUAUUCUUAGCUGACAUCAGUGGCACUCGGUGUGGUCUUCUGCUGCUGUAACCAAUCUGCUUAAAUGUUUGAUGCGCUUUGCAUUCAGAGAUGCUCUUCUGCAUAUGUAGUUGUGAUAAGUGGUUUUGAGUUGCUGUUGCCUUCCUAUCAGCUCAAAGCUGUCUCUCCAAUCUUCUGUGAACUGCUGCUCACAGGAUAUUUUCAACUUUUCAGACCAUUCUCUGUAAAUUCUAAAAACCAUGGCAUGUUCAAAGGCGCUUAGAUCACCUUUCAUCACCAAUGUGGUGCUCGGCUUAAAAUUCAGCAGGUCGUAUUAAACAUGCCUAAAGGCAAUGAAUUGCUGCCAUGUGACUUGCUGAAUAGAUUUUUGUGUUAACAAACAGAUGAACAGCAGACAGUAGUGCAUUUAUGCUUUGUGUGAAUCUAAAGUUCCAGUCAAGCACUGACUAUCAGCGUUUGAAUUUUCCCUUUAUGGUAAUAUAAAGUUUGGUUUGUUUCUUUUCUUGGGUAAUCUAAGAUAUUGUUCAAGUGGUUUUAACACAGGUCCUUCUUCAGGACUUCCUGGUUGAAGGUUUGUGUGCACAAAUGAGGCAGUGUGGUUUAUGAGAACACUAUAAACCACACUGGUUUGUGGUUCCCCUUAAUGUGCUGCAACUGCUGACUGUCCCCUUUCUUCUUAACAUUUUAUUUAGCAGGAUCCAGUUCUGGUAGUGGAUACCUGACUGAGGCAUUUAUUUACUUUCAGUAUGGAGGUAAUGGAAUACAGAUCAUGUUGCAUGUAGCUGAGGGUCAGCUACAUGCAACAGCAAAACCAAGCCGAGGUGCAAUAACACACAAUGAAAAAGCAAGAUGACAAAAUAAAAUCUAGUAGAGAUUUGGUGCACAUGACACUAAUGGCAGUCUCUAUAGUUCAAGCUCCACAUCAUUAUGUCCAUUCUGCGUAUUUGCAUGCUGAAUCAAGAUAAGAAGUGUUGGUUCUGAAGUACAUUAAUUGGUCAAUGAAUCCAAAGAGGAUUUGCUGCUGUCAAUGCCGUCAUUUUGUGGCUGUAAUAAACGUUAUCUGGCUCAGCGAGUUUCUAUAACUGCUAACUGUAGCUAUAGAAGUAGGAUUUGGUGCAUUUGUUGCAGUUGACAGGUGUGUAUUAACCCACAUCGUGUGGUGUGCAGGUGAAGUUUAACUAAGCUGUGAAGGAUGUUAACCUUCUGUUUAAGAUCUAAAUUUAGAGAUACCCAGUUUAACACAGUAACGCAUUACUGAGCAACAUGUGUUGUGAGUGUGGUGAUAAAUACCUGUCCCACACCGGCCAUCUGCAGACCUGGAUAAUCCCUGUUAGUAGAUUAGAGUUAGAGAGAGGAGAGGAAAGAAAGCAGCACUACGUCAACACCUCUGAAGAAAAAGUCACAUUUACUGUUGGACUGUAAUCAUUUCUGGAUUCACAUCGGCCGAGGGAGACUUUUUGGUUUGUGGUUUGGAGGUCUGAGGUUUUUAUUGUGAAGGAAUAAGAAGAAGUUGGACAGAGCUCCUAAAGGUUUUAACUGCGUUCAUUCCAGGGUCACACGAAGGUUUUCUUUUUUUUUUUUUUACUGUGAAAUGUUGGGAUUGUUUGUUGUAAGAAAUGGACAUUUGCACAUGUGGACAUGAGGAUCCGGAGAUCUUACUUAUAAACUUAUAACUUAUAAACGACUGAGCACAUUUUGGACUUUGUUUUAGGGAAUUUUUUUUUAAUUAUUAUUUUUUAUCAACCUUUUGUAAUAAUACAAAUUUGCAUAGUUGUUCUGAACCCAAAUGUGCUAUUUGUGAAGAUAUAGCAUUUUAAGACUUUUAUUGUGAAAUGCUCAAGGCUCGUUUUGUGAAUAACUGGAAAAUAUGUGCGUCCAAUGACAUUCAUUUUUCUCUUCAACUAAAAAAGGCAAAAAUUAUUUUUAAUGCUUAUUUUGCAGAAUCAAAGUCUUUUAUAAGGGAGGGCUAACUAAAUUUGGAGGAAUUAGGACCUUUUCUGGAAUUAUUGAUCCUCUUUGGACAUUUAUUGUGAAGGACCUGGAUGAUACAAAUCUCUUUAUGAGUUUGAAUAACAAGGGGUUGAAAACUGACUCCAAGAGAAGACUUACUGCGAAAAGAUGAUAAUACUAUUGUAGUUUAGUCGUGGUGAGUCACCUGUAAUCUGUCAGCCCAUCAAACUCCUAAUCACAGCUCGAGAAACAAUGAUUUCAUAUGUGGAAUGCCUGGGUGGGGAGGGGGCGGGGCCUGGUGUGACGUCGCAUUGUUGGAAUUCUGGUCCUGAGGAAGAGCGAGAUGAGCUUCUUCCACGCAAGAUGAUUUCCUUGCAACCAAAAACAGAGGGCAGCCUGCGCCGGCGCCUGCUCAGAGCUAAAAUCUACCAGCACCAUGAUGCCAUCUAUGGGUUAAAUGCAGGUGGCGUGGGACAGCUUGCAUCAGCCUCAAGUGAAAAAAAGCCCCUCCCAGCUCACCUGCAGUAUCAAGGAAACAGUCCCUGGUUCCGCCCGCAGCAACUCCCACCACGCUCCCAUAUCAACCCUUCUUUCACCCCAGAGGUUCGUGGGAAACUGUUCCUUACUCCAGAGGCCUGCGGUAAACCCCAUCCACAGUCUCUGCCGCUUCAGCUGCAGCGCCCUAACUGCCCAGUACUCACCCAGCGACGCAGAACUAGUUCCUGCCCCCCAACCCCAGAGCCCCGUCCCGGUUACACCAUGCCUGUCCCCUUUCAUCUUAGAACUACACCCCCAUUCAAGGAGCCAGAGCCACCACCACAAUAUCGCUACAGGCCCAGCAGGAAGUGCAAGACAAGCUUCUUGUGCUUUAGACGUCGCAAAGGAAGAAUGUCUGGGAAGGAAGCAACCCAAACUACACCCCUUCUACACAAAGGGGACGGGGACAGUAAGUGGUCUGUUCACUACACUACCCAGAAGCCUCAGCAGGGUCUGCGCUUCAUCCCUGGCAAAAGGCGAUCAGGCAGUGCUGAUGACCUGCGAGCAUGUAAUGGGCUGACUCAGCAUGACUGCAGCAUCCCAAGUGGUUCUCAGCCCCACCCCCCCAGCCCCACCCUUCCUCCCUUCUCCAGCAUCAACCAAUCAGACGGAACCGCACGACGAGGGUGGAGGGACAAAAGCAGGAAGAUGAGGUCCAGAGUCUUGGACUUUUUCUCUAAGUCUUGCUUUUCAGUUUGUUUCAAGUUUUCAGUUUGGAGAAGAAAGUCCACAACAUCCUCAGAGGAAGAUGAGAUGUUCAUCUUGAACAACAGGCGACCCCUGACACCACUGGUCCUGAAUCCCGUCCAUCUCACCUCCUGUUGGGAUGAUGAUGAGCAAACAUAUGAGCCAAAAGUCGAAAUGGAUGUGGAACCGCCCCCUCGACUUCCAACGCCGGAGGAGAGGAUGAGGCAGCAGGCCGAAGCAGUCGCAGCAGAUAUUGUUCCUAUUAAUGUAACAGGUGAGAGUUUUGAUCGCCAAGCCAGUUUUCGAAGAACACUUUCCAAUGCUGACUCACUAAACCGACGACCCCGGAAAUUGAGCCGACGCAAGACAGUUACUGGGAUACCAGAUAAUGCCCUCCCGAAGUCACCAUCUAUCUCUGACGUUCUUCCUGGUCAGUUCUCCACUGUGGGUCGACCUGCAUCUGAAUGUACCACUCCUCAUCAGCAGAGGAACAUGGAGGUGGAGGAAAAGGGAGAUCUAAGAAAAGAAGAGCAGCUGUCAACAAGGAGAAUCCGAGCCCCUAAAGGAGAGGGAAUGUCCAGCCUCAUGGCCUCCCUUACCUCUUCGCCACAUAUUGGUUGCCAUUCCAGCUCCUGCUGCUCACCAUCCUUGGAGAGCCACACCCUCCCCCGUCCGGCAACCAACUCCUCCCUGAAUUCCGAGGCCAGUUGUAACAGUGUAUCCUGCAGGACUCUCAGCACCUCCUCAUCUUGCUACCAGUCACAGGAUCUACAGGGAUUCCCCAGUGAUCUUCACCCUCUGCUGCCCUUUGACCCCACUGCCAGAGUAAUGCCACAGUCUCCUUCCUCCUCCUCUAAUUCCGUUCCCUCCUCACCUAUUAUAUCAUCUGUCCCUGCAACCUCUAGUUGUGCCCUACAAACAGAGUGGGCUUCCCCCAGUGAUAAGCCCAAUAAUGAGGCCCUUUCUUCCCCCGGCUCUCUUCCUUCUUCCCCUAUCACUGAUUCAGAGACUCAGUUUCAUUACCCAGCAGAGGAUGACCUGACAACCACAAAGCAGGACACCCAGUGUUUCUCAGAUGGUUGUUCCUUGACUGGAGAGAGGUGGAGCUACAAAACCCUCUCUCCAACCUCCAGUGUCCACAGUGGAAUUUCCCAGGAAAUGAGAUGUGUUUCUGAUGAAGGUUGGAACUUCGAUCCACUUCUCUCUUCUGGUCGGUCCUCCCCUUCUUGCACUGAUAGCAGCUCCUUGCGUUCAGUGAAGAUGUCCUCUCCCUCGCUAAACCGUGAGAAAAGGAAGUCAAGCACAUCCUCCUGCUACUCUCGUUCUGUCACCCGCAGCAUCUCCCUUCGCAAGUCCAAGCGUCCACCUCCUCCACCGUUGCGUUCUGAUUCAUUGAGGCGACGGCCAGGUCGUAGCAAAUCUUCGCGUUCUUCUUCUAGUCCCAAGGUGGAGCGCGGUCCCCGCCUGGAACGCACCAUGCAGCACACACCUGCGUCAUCUCCCCAGAACUUUCAGGAUCCCUGGGUGCCCCGAAGUAGCACCAAAAGACGCCAAAGUGGGCUUAACUGUGGUACAGUUUCAACCUUUGAGCCUCUAAACCCAGACUGCCAGGCAUCAACCUCUUCUGACUCUCCUCCUUCCAACCUCGAACCAACUCACCUCAGCCCUGGGUCUCCAGGUUCAGAGGAGGAAGGUCUGACUUUUACUCUCAAUCGCCAACCUCCAGCUUCCUCUUCUGUGCCUGGGCUUCAGCGACUUGCUUCGCCCUCCAGUGGGUACUCUAGUCAGUCUAACACUCCAACUCCUGGCACGCCAGUGUCUUCACCCCUCAUCCCAUCCUCCCCUCUCACAACAAGUCCUGGAGCUUUCUCCCUCCCCCCAACCUCACCUUUCUCCUCUUCCUGCUUUACCUCCUUCCCCCUCUCCCCUGUCGCAUCCUCCCUGCCUAGGACAAGGUCUCGAGGUGAAGGCAGACCAAAGCCACCAGUGCCAGAGAGGAAGUCUUCACUUUUCUCAUCCCUUUCGUCCUCAUUUUCUUCAACCUCUUCCCUCUCCUCCUGCACCUCCUCAGACUCCUCUGCCAAACAUAUUAAUCUUCCUGCCCCACCACCUCGGCCUCCUCUUCUCGAGUCUUCUUUGCUUUCACUUUCCUGCUCUCCCAUUCAUGAAACUCUUCCUCCUCCCCCUCCUCCUCCACUGCAGUCCUGCUCACCUGCUCCUUGUUCUUUCACUAAACUUUCUCUUGUUCCUCUUCCUUCACCAUCAUCCCUUCCUCUGCCCCCUCCACCGCCUCCUCUCCCACCAUUAUCCCUUGCCAAGCCUUCUCCUCUACCUCCCUUCUCCCGGCCUCCUCCUCCCCCCUACUCCUACGCUGUCAGGCAGACUUCCCAUCAUGAUCUGGUAUUUACAGUGUCAUCUUCCACCAACUUCCCUCCUCCCCCAACUUCUCCCCCUCCUCCCCCAUGUUCAGAACUCCCAGACAUGCCAAUUGCUGACCUCCCUCCACCACCACCACCUCCCCCUCUCCCUCCUUUGUCUGCUGUCCCCACACCUUUUGCCUCUGUCGUCUCCCGACCAAGCCCGGACGCGUUUCCACACAAAUAUGGCAAAGCACACCCCUGCCCUCUGGUAACUGCUCAAGCUCUGCAGGACGUCAAACUCCGCUCUAUUAAGAACCAGGAAGUCCUGCCAGCCAAUGGUACAUCUACUGAUGAUGGCGCUUUGUUGUCUGUUGGUAACCAUGGUAACCAGGAUCUACCAAUCAAAGAAGCUCAACACUACUUGGCUGACUUGACUAAAGGAAACCUUGUUUGCCUAUCCAACACCAGUGUUAACCUAGCGGAACAAGGAUCAGAAAACGAUAUCUGUUAUGUUGCCAACAAUGACGAUAAUACAGCUAGUGCAUCCUUGGAUAAUGCUAGCCUUCACAGCCCAGACAAUGCUGAAAUGAAACAACCUAAACAUGAAUCAGGUGAUGAUUUCUUCAAACAAACAAAAACAGAGCUUUUGGCAGAUGAAUCAGAUUUCAACAAUCUUCAAAGCUCACAAAGCAUUAUUCAUAACACUGCUAGCAAGAGAAGUCUUGGGCUUCAGCUGAGGAAUGGUGGCACUCCUCAAUGCAGACAGUCCAGUGAACAGAGAAAGAAAGAUUCAGACAUGUAUGCUACACUAGCUAACAAUGAAAUCUCCAGUUCUAAGAGUCCAUGGGUAAAAAUGUCUUAUGAAACUGACAAUAACCAUGUCAGCACAAUAAGUCAACCUACGUCUUUCCAACGAAACAUUAUAGGAACAGUGCUAACAGAUGCUAAGCUCAAAGAACUUGCAGAGAUUCAAAGAGAAUGCAGAAAAAUGCUGUUAGAGAGCAAAGAGGAAGUCGAGCAAAAUGACAAGAAAAAAUCACAAAUGCAGUCACUCUGUGCUGCUGAUGGAGAUUUGAAGCAUGUUGAUAUUAAACACUGUAACAGGGACUUGAAGCCAAGUAGCCCAAGAAAGAUCUGCUCUCCAGAGAAGCCAGUUCCACCAAAGAAGCCUGAUCUUUGCAUUCUGGGUCUCACAACAUCCCCCAACGCCACACGAGAACUCAAUGUGGUGAGGAGCAAUGGACAAAGUACAGCAUUUUCUCCAGGGUUCAACAGCCAGUCACAGUUUCCUGAUGAUUCUUUCUGCACACCUUUACACAAACAUGUGAUCCAUAGUCCCCCUUCACCAAAGCACUUGGUGUCCACCAGUGAUAACUCAGUGACACCUGUAUGCCCAAUUAACACAACAUCUGCCAAUAUCACCAUGCACUCACCUGCCAGCUCCCCUCAACGGACAAAAACACCAAUUUUGCACAAGAGACCAGAUCUCUCACUGACCUCACCCAAAACAACCAAACCACUCUUUCCAUCUAAAAUUACAGGAGGGGCUUCCAUGGGGACCUCUGGGACUGGAGGUGCUUCACAGAGUCUGUGCAUCACAGCUAGCAGUAGCACCUUGAAAACCAUAGGCACCGGGACCACAAUGGCUCGAAACACUUUGAAUGAAACCUUGGAUACCUUAAAGACCAACUACUCCCUAGGAGCCAUGGAAAUGUAUAGAACCUGCGCCUCCUCAAGGAUCAUGGGAAUGGCUACCUGUAGCACAUUAGGGAACUCAAAGGGCCAAGGAACUACUUCCACAUGGACUGAGGGCACCCAAACUGAAGUAACACACCCCAGUUGUGGUGAUAUCAAAACAAAACUUUAUCAAGAUGAUACAUCAUUUCAGAGGAGAAUGAUGAGGUCAUCACUAGCUGAAGAUGAAGAGGAAGAUAUUAAGGAAAGUUUGGAAGAGAGAAGGAUUAACAUGGCAAGGAUGAUGAUGAUGUCAUCCACCACAAAGAAAAAAGACAAAGGAAGGAAAAAGAAGAAGAAAAGGCCAGGCAGGCAGCUGCUAAUGAUCUCAGCAAAAAUGGAACCCUCCCCAUCAUCUUCAUCAUCUUCAUCAUCCUCGUCAUCCUCUUCAUCCUCAUCUGGAGAUGAGAGAGAUGUAAGAAAAGACAGGACAAUCCAAAUAAGCCAGAAGAUGAAAGUUACUAAAGUUUGGGACCAAGACACAAGUGACUCUGAAAGCUCCUUCAGUUUGAUUGGUCAGAGCAGGUACUCUCUCAGCAGCGCACUGUCCACUGACAGCCUGCGGGGUGAACUGUCACUACCAGACCUUCUCAUACAAGAGCCAGGUGAAAAACAAGACGAGCCCGGAGCUCUGAGAGGAGGAGAAAAAUCAAAGGAGGCUAGCAGUCCCCAGGAUGCUGAUGUGUUUGGCAGCGUUUCAGCAGAUCAGAUGUUCAUCUCUGGUUGUCCGCGAACCACAGAGGAUCUAUUCACCAUCAUUCACAGGUCCAAGAGGAAGAUGCUUGGAAGAAGGGAUCUAGAAGAAGACAAACAUCGUGUCUCGAGCUCCUCCUCCUCCCCCUCCCCUCCGGUGACUCCCACUGACCAGCUAAUGCGACCUGCAGCACUCAAGAGUCAAAGGUCAGCAAGAAGUGAGAGCUUUAAGGCUCUCCUGCUGAGGAAGGGCAGUCGACCUGAUUCUUCAUCUCGAAUCUCAGCAGUUGAGCGACUUCGGAAAGUUAUUUCUCCCACUGCAGCAGCUGACCUUCAUGGUGCACCACCACCUCACAUAUCCUCAGACCAAGUAAACUCCACAAGCUCCCUCCAAACUGGAGAAACACAUGACAUCACUGCCCACCUGACUCUUAAUGUUCAGCAACCUCCCAGAUCUCCAUGUGCUCAGAGCUUCUCCAUGAUGUUGGAAUGGAGGCAACAGGAUCUGCCACAUAAUAACCUCUUCUUCUCAUCUUCUUCCUCCUCUCCCUUCUUCUUCCUCUCAUCCUCCUCCACGCGCCCUCGCUCCCUCACUCCUCCCUGCUCGGCUAGCCGCCGCUUUGCCGCCCGCUGCCGCCUUGUUGCAGCCCCCAUGACUGCAAUCUUUGAAGGGGAAGAUGAGGAGGAAAAUGAAGAGGAUUUCAACGAGUCAUCGGGAGCUGAUGGAGAAUCCAGUCUGACACUGGUUGAGACUGCUUGAUGGACAAGAAAGCUUGCUGAUGUAGCUGAGAGCAGAUGGAUGUUAGACACCACAGAAAAAUUGGAUGUGGUCAUGAAUGUGUGGCAAAGUCUCAGCUGACUCAGCUGAAACUCACCUGAAGCAUUUAAUUGAAUGCACUAAAGCACACUUCCUAAUUAACUACAUCAGUCACCUUAAAAGGAUGUGUACAAAAUAAUGGUUUCAAGAAAAGAAGCUUGUUGCGAUGACAUAAGAGUUUCACUCCAACAGUUUCUUCGCUUUUUAUUUCCUUUUAAACCACACUAGUUAUGUUUUCCAACGUCAGUGACACUAAGUUUCUUUGACAUUGAUAAAUUCACGUUCUUCUGUCUUCUGCACUUUAUAUUCGCCAAGUAACCCGUGUUUGUUCUACACAUGAGAAUUUUGUUUUCUUGAGAUCACACUUUAAAUAUUCUGAAACAGUCAAUUUCAGCAACUUCUAGAAUAUACACAUCUGUGUUGAAUUGGAUAUGCUCUGCCGGAGGUGAUUCCUCAUGUGGAUCCAGGAAUUGUGUAAAGGACUGACUUUUCACAUCAUAUUCAUAUCACACACAAAUCAAACUGAAAUACAUGGGAGCUACAAUCUUGAUGUUCUUAAGAAAAUAUCAACAACUAGAUGAAGAUCCAUCUAGACCCACAUCAUGGACGUUGUGGAGGGGAGCCAGUAUAAUAUUAAAAAUUAGUUUACACAAAAAAAGUGAUCCAAAAACAAAUUAAUUUAUCACAUUAAGAAAAUGUUCCUGAAUUUUGUAUUUUGUACUCAAGAAAUGUUUUUGUGGUUGCAGUUAAUCAUGAAGUUAAAAAUCAUGUAAAUCAAUUAGGUAGAAAUAUUGGGGAAAACAAAAUCAAUUAAGCAUUGUUUUUUUCUUCAAUAGAAAAGUAAUAUCACAAUGCUUUCAGCAAAAUAAAUGUUCGAUACUGACGCUUAAAUCAGCCGAUUCAAACUAUUUACUGGGGUUUAUUAUUAUCACCUAAGUAACUGGGCUGGGCUAAUGCGUCUCCAAAUUUAAGCAUUAGUGUAAAUGUUGCAAUGGCUUGUGUUUUGAUGUUUGUUUCAGUAUAAUCGUUUAAAAGUCUGGUUUUCUACAUUAUGACCAGCUGCAUUCACUGAGACUGUAACUAAUAAGGAAUAGAGAUGGUCCUUUUCUGUAAAUAUCCCUAUAUUCAUUUUUCUCUCUUAUCAUGUUUUCUUGUUUGUAUGACUUUUGCAGCUGAAUCUUUGUUUCUAUUUUGUUAGCAUUUUCAGCCUCCAGCUUAAUGAGUCAUACAACACUCACAUUCAGUUUUCACCCUCGAAUCAGAUUUGUUUAUCUCAUGGUAGGCAUCUAUGGAAGCUUGUUUCCAUGACUGACAAAAACAAAAUACAAACAAAAUCUCAAAAUUUUGGCUUAAUUCCAAGUUCCAAAAUUCCAAGUUCAUUUUCUCAGAAGUUUGAGUUAGUCAGUGAAACUUUCAAUCUUGAGAUGAUGACCUUAAAUUUCGACUUAUGGAUUGAAAAAAUCCUUGUUUUUUUCAGCAAUGGAUGCAAACUUCCAUGGGUAGCAGCUAAUACGACUGCAAACUAUCAGAAGUAACUUUUUAGGGUGGAGACUUUGUAUUUAGAAACAUAAUCUUAUCUUCUCUCUGUGUGGACAUAAGAGGUUGAGAUUUACUAUAUUAACCAUAAAAUGAAUGAAUUUACUUGGGAAACUGAAAUAAAUGAGGAAAGCACUGUGAGAAAAGAAGUCUUAGGUUAAAGUGAUGAUCGGGAUGAAAUGGAGAACUGAAUGUGUAGAAAAGCAGCAAAAAGGUAGAACUGAAAGAAAUGGAAAUGUAUGUAAAAAGGUGAAUGUAGAAAUGGAAGCAAUAAAGGACAAAUUGAUUUCUGAA